CGUCAGCGAGGUCGGGGAGAAAGGCUAGGGGAUAAAGCUGGCCUGCCGUUGCGCUCUGGUGAGACCAUCCUAUCCAUCCUCUCCUGUCACAUAACCCAUGCCGAGGCCAUUCGGUCCUACUCCCCGUGCUCAGAACCGCUGUCUAGAGUCCACUGGCCUCGCGGACCUUUUCUGCCGGAUAGUGUUUCCGGGCGGAUAGCGUGUGGGUUGAGGUUCUGAGGCUGUGGAAGAGAGGCCAGCGUGAGGAAACAUGGCGGUGCAGCGCCUCCCAGUGCUAAGGCUUGACGGCGUUUCGCGGGAGCACUUUAUGCAACACCUCUAUCCACAGAGAAAACCUCUUGUGCUGGAAGGAAUUGAUUUGGGGGCAUGUACAAGCAAAUGGACAGUGGAUUACCUAAGCCAAGUUGGAGGGAACAAAGAAGUAAAGAUUCAUGUUGCUGCAGUUACACAGAUGGACUUCAUUAGUAAGAACUUUGUAUAUAGAACUUUACCUUUUGACAAGUUGGUCCAGAGGGCAGCUGAAGAAAAGCAUAAAGAAUUCUUUAUUUCAGAGGAUGAGAAGUACUACUUACGGUCACUUGGGGAAGAUCCUAGAAAGGAUGUUGCAGAUAUCAGAAAACAGUUUCCAUUAUUGGAAGGAGAUAUUAAGUUUCCACAAUUCUUCAAAGAAGAACAGUUCUUUUCCAGUGUUUUUCGAAUUAGCUCACCAGGAUUACAACUUUGGACCCACUAUGAUGUUAUGGAUAACUUCUUAAUACAAGUGACAGGAAAAAAGCGUGUUGUACUAUUCAGUCCUCGAGAUGCUCAGUAUUUAUAUUUAUCAGGUACUAAAUCAGAAGUGCUAAAUAUAGAUAAUCCAGACUUCACUAAAUAUCCACUCUUUUCCAAGGCUAGAAGGUAUGAAUGUUUCCUUGAAGCUGGAGAUGUGUUAUUCAUUCCUGCUUUAUGGUUCCAUAACGUAAUUUCUGAAGAGUUUGGAGUGGGAGUGAAUGUCUUUUGGAAGCAUCUUCCUUCUGAAUGCUAUGAUAAGACAGAUACGUAUGGAAACAAAGAUCCUACAGCAGCAGCAAGAGCCGCACAAAUUUUGGACAGAGCCCUAAAAACACUGGCUGAAUUACCAGAGGAAUACAGGGACUUCUAUGCACGGCGAAUGGUCUUGCACAUUCAAGACAAAGCCUACAGCAAGAACUUUGAGUAAAUAAUGUGGUAUAGUGAAUAUAAACUUUAUAAUAAAAUUCAACUCAAA